AUGUUGAUGAAUUUGACAUGGUUUAAGGAAGUCGCAAUUCUCGCUCAAGGACUGCCGCUUGGCUCGCACAGCUUGAAGCCUGCGGCAGGUCCGAUCACCUCAGCGGCUGUCCUUAAGGGCAUCCUAGAUGUUGAGAUCCAGCAGAAGCCCGUUCGAGUGAAAGCGCACCUCCUUGUCCAUGGAAGGAUCGGUGAUUUUGUUUCAGAGAAACCCAUGGUGGUCGUCUCGACUCUCGAAUUUCCCAAAACAUACGCUGGAAGUCAUCAACUUUCAGCAGAGCCACUCGUCUUGCACAGGUUGCUGCUCCUUCUCAAGGAUGAACAGAUAGUUUACUUCGGCGGGGAAUCGUCGACGCUACGACUCCGAUGCCAACCCGCAAGAAAUGUAGAUGCUUGA